UCUAACUGGAACUUGCGGUAUGGCUGGCUGGCCUAUAUGUUGGGAGAGAGAACAACUAAGAGGUUCAAUGAAUUCAGCAAAGUUUUCACAGUGGAUGGCAACUUGCGCAGUGGCAAGGGCAAACUGGCACAGCACAUAGCAGAAAAGCUAAAUAUGCGAUACUUCCCAGAGGCAGAUAUUCAUUAUUUAGACAGGGUCACAGGAGAUGGAUCAAUUCUGGAUUCAAAAUUCAAUGGCAAUUGUAGCCUGGAGACAUUUUACAAUGAUCCUAAACAUCCAAAUGGAAAUUCAUACCGUCUUCAAGCCUGGUUGUACUGUAACCGCCUUUUGCAGUAUGGGGAUGCAUUGGAACACCUUCUGGCUACAGGGCAAGGAGUAGUGCUGGAACGCUCCCCCUACAGUGACUUUGUAUUCUUGGAUGCGAUGUUUAAGCAAGGCUACAUUCAGAAAAGGUGUGUGGAGCACUAUGGAAAGAUCAAGCACCUGAGCAUUUGUGAGGUCUUGCCUCCUCACCUGGUCAUUUAUGUUGAUGUACCUGUCCCAGAAGUGAUGAAGAGGAUUGAAGAGAAAGGAAAGCCAUAUGAAAAGAAGGUGUCGCCUGCUUAUCUUCAGAGCAUUGAAGACAGCUAUAAGAAAUCUUUUCUGCCAGAAAUCAGUGAGACCUCUGAGGUUUUGCAGUAUACAGCUAGUGAGGCUGAAGAAAUGGAUAUAGUCAUUGAAGAUAUUGAGUGCCAGAAGUUCGAUAAGGAGCCUUGGAUAGAGCAAAAUGAUGUUUCUCUUCAUCAUUUGAGGAAACUUGUAGAGGACAAGAUAACAUUGCUCCGUCCUUUGAGCGUUCCAUUCUACAUCCCUGAAAUCACGCUAGGAGGCCUCGACCUUGACAAAGCAUAUCACCAAUACAGGGCGCUUCCAGGCCGCAAAUAUGCUUUUGGUUAUAAUGCUGAUGUGGGAGACAAGUGGAUUUGGCUGAAAUAAAACUCCUUGGGAGAAGUGGAAAUGUAUAUUUGACCACGGAACUAGGA